AUGCAAGAUUUAGCAGAUCACAAAAUAAAACGCGUCGUCAGUGACAACGCUGCUAACAUCCAAGCUGCUAUCAGGCUAGGUGAAUGGCCUGUGGGUUGUUUCGCCCCUACAUUAAAUUUGAUCGUAAAGAAUGGCCUUAAAGGAAUAUCUGAGAUUGCAGGUAAAGUGAAAUCCACAGUGGAAUACUUCAAUAAAAUGGACGGUGCAAAUGAAAUUAGAAUCUGUAAUUACACAAAUGGGUUUCCUGAUCUUAAAAUUAAAACAAGAAUGUCCAACACCUUGGAAUCUGUGUAA